UAUACCUAACGCUAUUUGGAGAACAUCAUCAUAUCACUAUUUAACUUACCAGUGAAGCGGACUGAGGCAAAAACUGUGUCCUUUUUUCCCGGCGGGAUGGUGGUAAAAUUGGCCAUUUUUUUCUUGCUUUUGAGUUUCUUGGCGAGGCUGAAUUGCGAACCGGUACGAUAUGAUGGCUACAAGCUCCUCAGGGUUCAGACACGCCACAAAAGGGACCUGGAGGCCGUGAAAAGGAUCUACGAGACAGCAGACGAAAGAUUGGAUUUUUGGCGGGAGCCGCGGUCUGUAGAUGGGGACGUUGAUAUCAUGGUCUCCGCUGAGCACGAAGAUUCCCUCCGUAAUCUUCUCGGUGAUAGCGGGAUGAAAGCUGAGACGAUCAUAGACGACAUUCAAGCCGCCGUUGAUGAGCAGACCGAAGUCAACUUGGAGGAGGAGAAAACAUUCUUUGAAAGUUUUCAAAAUCUCUCCAUGAUCAAUGAAUGGAUGUUCACACUGGCUGCUGAUUAUCCUGACAUCGUCACAGUUUAUCAGAUAGCCACAUCAUACGAAGGACGCCCCAUAUACUGCCUUAAGUUGUCUCAUUCCGAGAGAGCUCCUGAUGCCAAAACACCGGCUCUCUUCAUCAUGGGAGGCAUUCAUUCCAGAGAAUGGUUGUCACCUGCUACCGUCAUGUUCAUAGUCAAUGAGAUGGUGGAAAAGUACGAGGUCGAUGUGGAGCUCGAGAAAUUACUAGGAGGACUGGAUUGGUACAUUCUGCCGGUGUUUAACGUGGAUGGAUACGUCUUCACUUGGGAGAAACAUCGAUUAUGGCGGAAGACUCGUUCAUAUUACGCAGAGAACCGAUGCAAAGGAGCCGAUCCCAACAGAAACUGGGACUACAAGUGGGGAGAGAGCGGCGUGAGCUUCAUGAGUUGUGACGACAUCUACGCAGGCCCCUUCGCUUUCUCCGAGACAGAAGUCAAACAGGUAGCUGACUACUUGACAGAGCUCAAUGCCAAGCAAUCGAUUCACGGCUUCAUCGACUUCCAUGCCUACGGCCAGCUGUGGAUGACGCCGUACGGAUACGGCAACGUCCUGCCCGAGAACUACCAAGACCAGUACGACCUUGCAGUACAUGCAACUGAUGCCUUAAGGGACGUCAACGGAUCAAACUACACCGUCGGCAGCAUAGCAAACGUCAUAUACCAAGCCUCAGGAAACAGCGUAGACUGGGCCCGAGGAAAGCUCCGCAUUCCAUACGCCUACGCCGUCGAGUUACCAGACGUAGGCCGGUACGGUUUUCUGAUGCCUCCCCGUUACAUCAUCCCGACUGGAGAGGAGACCCUGGAAGCGGUCAAGGUCAUGGGUCACGGGGUUAUGGCGUAUAAGGGGUCUGCAUCUGAGUUAAUGCCGAGUUUAACGACGGCUUGAUUUGCGUACGUGUGCAUGAUAGUGCUUCGCGAAGUGAUCAUUGUGUGAUGUCAUCUGGCAGGGGGCCAUAUACUGCUGCUUUAAUUUUUGUAACCAAAUCAAUUAGUAUACAAAUUACAAAUUAUUCCGAAAUGAAAAUUUCAAACUCAAAAGUACUUUAGCAUUAUGUUUUAUGUUUUAUCUUAGAAGUCAAUAUUUUCUUCAACAUAACAGAGAUUAUUUUUAAAAGGCGUACAUGUAUGCCUAUAUAAUAAGCAGUUUUAAGAGUUAUCUUUAACAACUCCUCUAAAAUCUUGCUUAGAGAAGAACAUAUUAAAAAAAACGAUUUGAAUACGAAAUACCAUCCACCAUCAGUGAGGAUCAACAGAAGUAAAGGCUUAAGUAACUGAAACUGAAUCCGAUUUGAUUGAAUGUACACCAAAAAACGUAAAGUGGGCACUGGACGUUCAUUGGGGCAUGGAAUCAUUAUUGUAGAAACACACUACACUUUUUAAAUGUUGGGCAUUUUCCCAAAGAUUUACCCAACAGUUGGACAUGUGCACCUUGUGAUCAGAAGUUAGGAAGUUUCCCAAUUUAGGGAAAAGGUUGGUCAAAAUAUUUCCAAUGAUUUGUACAGAGUGAGACAAGCCCCCAAAUCAAACUUCUGGCCUUCCAGAUUACGUCACACAUUCACUUCUGAAUGAGAUGGCUGGUUUCAGUCCCCCUAACGCCGUCAGCGUCGGAGGACUGGAACAAGUAUGUUGCGAAGCACUGCUCACGCGUGGCAGCAAAUAACGCAGCCGAAAACGAAUUCCACGAAGUAGUAGUUUUGUGAACGACUGAUUAUACUUGGGCCGUUUUCCAAUACUCAACUUCGCUUCCGUCUCAGGCUUCAACUGGUUUUAACUAGCUGACGUUGAAGCUG